AUGCUUAACGGAGUUAUUGGAUUUGCCACCCAGAGUAAGGCCACAGCUGAUGGUGGAGAUCGUAUUGAUAUGGCGCUGAGCGAUGCAAGAUUCUAUAUCAUGAUUGUUGAAUUGGUGAAAACGGGGGUUAUUGCCGCCGAAUUGAUGAUGGUUAGAGUGUUUGCUGCAUUUCCCAUUGUUGAAGGAGCGUUGGUAGCCGUCCUUCCUUUUAGGGUUUUGGGCAUCUUGAGUGUCAGGGGUAGGAGGGUAAUGGUUGGAUUUGGCGGGGGUAGGUGCCGAAGCUUGUCGUAG